UUCAGAUAUGGCAAGGCUAGUCGUAUAUUUUGUUCUCGUUAUUUGUUGUGGUGCAAUGAUGCUGGCUCCCGGACAAGUUAACCCCGGAGUUAUGGCAAUUGUUAUGCAUGGUGAAGCUGACAAGUUAUGGGACAAUGACCAAUUAAUAGAGACAAUGCAAUUAAAAUCAACACUGACAAAUUAUGGCACAAUUGAGGAUGGAAGACUACCUGUUUUGGAGAAGAAUCCGAUGUUUUUCGUAAGAAACACUCUUAAACUGAUAAACUGAUAAAUUUUUUGUUUUGUUAUGUGCUGUUUAUGUCAAUGUGUUAAUAGCGUGUUAAAACAUGAUAUAUUUUUUGUACAGAGUGUUUCCUAGAUACACGAUUCAUCACAUU